CAAAAGUUGGUGUAUGACCUUUGGUUAGUUUUUGGUGUUCAGACGUCCACUUCAGUGUCCUACUUUUGUUAUUUUUAUGCUGUUUACCCGCUUAUAGACAGGUGAUGAUAUCGAACCAACUGACUGGAACUAAUCUGGCUAUAACAAUUCGAAUUUCCUCAUAAGUUAACGCUUUCUUAUUCUUGGUUACUUGGGCAUAAAUAAUUCUGUGGCACAUUGAGAUGAGGUGUCAACGUAGAUAUUGGUCCUUGGUUUCGAAUUUUUGUAUUCACUGAUAAAUGCAAACCUCUGAAAUAUUCGUAUUGCUGUAUCUAACAGCUUGUUUUGACACUGUCUUUGGAUAGUACUGGUUCUACUAAAAUCGCGUUAAUCACAAUGGGCUACCCUAUAGCUUAGCGUACAAUGACGUCUGAACACAUUGGAGUUGUUGAUGCUCUCCCGUACUUCGACAAAGGAUACGAUGAUCCUGGGAUUAGAGAAGCUGCAGCUCUUCUCGUCGAAGAGGAGAUGAAACGAUAUAGACCAACGAAAAAUUAUCUGGAACAUCUCCCUUCUUUAUCUGGUCCUAUUCAAAUGAAAUUUGAGACUGAGGUGAUGAAAGCUGAAUUUGACAGGCUCUCAAAUCGUUUGCCUAUGGAAAUGCUAAGUAUGAAACGUUACGAGCUACCCCCACCCCCGGCUGGAAAAAUGACCGAUGUGAAAGCAUGGCAAGACGCAAUGGAGAACGCUGAAGCACAGUUAGAACACCAAGCAACAAGAAUUGAGAAUUUAGAACUAAUGGCAGAUUAUGGAUGUAAUGCUUGGAAGCAAUACAAUAAUGUUUUGGAAAGCUCUCUGCAAAUUUACGAGAAGGAACUCUUAGAAAUAAGGUAGUUUGUGAUUCUCCAUGACUAAACCCAGCUUGCUGGUCUUCGACAGCUAAUUAUAUAUAUGCACCGUUUCCAAAUCCAUCUCUUUAACACAACAUAUAGGAAGCGAGUAAGAAUUAGAUACUUAAUAAAAAGGUUAAAUAAACAGAUGGUAAUUUCGCCCUGCAGACAAAAUUUGAUGUAGCUCUUUAUUGCUGUGCAAAUGCCUGUGUCUGAUGCCGAUAUGAGGUAGUUGGCAGAGGUCCCCUAUUUUGUCUCUUGUGGUCAAGUCUUGAGAAACAAGUUCGUAAAAAACCCAGCAAUCAUGACCAGGGCUACCCUUUUGGUUAUGAAAUGUUUAUUUUAUGAGGAUUAAUGGUAUUAUUUAGCUUCCUGUAUGUGAGCCCACCACUUUCUGCUUGAAAAUAAAGUUUUUGAACUAAUGGGCCAAGCUCAAUUAACAUGUAUUCACUUUGUAAACAAAACUCGUAAAAUGUCGAAGUCACUACUCACACUAAAAAAUCAAUCCCUUUCACUAAUUCCAUGCCCUAUCCCUGCUUUCGUUAGUUUGUUUCCAACUCUAAAUUAGUCAGUGGCUGAGCUUAUGUCGAGGUGUGACUAACAUCAUUCUAUUUGAUAGCAGUAUACGUUAUCUUAACGUUGGUUACCAACGUUCCAUAAUGCACAAAUACAUCCGCCUUGUCCCACUGUCUUGGAUUUGGGUAGUCUGUUUUACACUUUUCCACCCUACUGGUUGGGAUGCAGAUGCCUUAACAUAUGUAUGUAACUCAGGUUGACAAAAGCUCUUUCAAACCUUGUGAACCCGCGAGUCACUAAUAUGAGGGCUUCUGUAAUACCCUUGGUAGAUUAUGUUGUUUUCGCACCCAAAGAUUUCGUUCAUUAAUCCUAAAAAUAUUUUCGUUCAUAUCAGCCUAAAGCAUAAUUUUAGACAGGUACGGAGAGCUGAGAAAAUUUUAAGAUUUAUGUCUGCAUCUAAAAUUAUUAUAGGUUGACCAAGUAAUGUCAGUUUAUUAGUCUCCGUAAAGUUAGAGCUAACCAGGGCUGAAUUCGUCAGUAUAUUUAUAAAGAAGCCGAAACUGAUGGCGCCCGGCAGUAUUAUCUGAAGUACUCAUCAGGAGAAGAUUCCCCAUAUGUCCUCGCAUGACUGCCUGUACUCCAGUAGAAUGCUUUCAGAAGUAUGAUUAGUAUACUUCUAGCACUGGUCUCAUGUCAACAAUUACAGCCACCAUAGGAAGCUACGGAAUGUUUUUAUUCAAAAACUUUGGUGAAUGGUUAGACUUGACCGACAGAUCAUCGGUCGGGCUUAUAACUCAAUAAACGUUUUCUUUUCGGGUAUCCUCCUAAUUUUAAUGUUGGUCAAAAGCGGGCUAUUGUCUAGACACGUUGAUUUGUUCGUUUGUACAGGAUUCCUUCCCAUUUCUAUUUAACUUUGUCAUAGACAUGGUUUUAGAGAUAACAAUUAUCCUCUGGAUUUUCAGGGAUUGAUCUUCUACCAGGGGAUUCACUUGUUGACUUAAAAUGUGCAAAUGAUAUAGUUCUGUUCGAUGGAAAUGCUGAUAAAGUGUAAAAUCAUCUGAUCACCUUAAGCACUAAUCCAAGCAUUGUUUGGGAUGCCGUUUUCUCCCAUCAAAUACAAAACGUUACUUCAGGAUUGACUUGCGUCAUCAUCCUAAUUAGUGAUAGGGAGUGAAGUAGUUAGACAUAUCGACUGCUUCAAUUAUCUUAGGAGUUUCGUCGGUACUGGUGUAUGACGAAAUCUCAAAAUGGAUUAAAAGGGCUCGAUUAGCUUUUGCCAACUAGUGGCGCAGGCGAGAUAUCCAUCUCUCAACCAAAGGAGUUUAUUUUGCAGCAGUUAGCUCCGUUCUACUUUAUGGAUGUGAAACAUGGUCAUUGAUGAUAGAGAAUAUUCACAGGUUACUGGCAUUCGAUCAUAGCAAUACGUAAAGAUAGGAAAUCGACUGGGGUAGUAAAUCCUCAUAAACUGAGGUAAUUAGGAUGUUUUACGUAUGCCAGCCUACUUCCCACCUCGAUGGGCAUUGUUUUCCAGUACAGGCUGGAAAAAGAUAGGGGGACCAAACUAUAACAUGACAUCAGUCUGCGAAGUCACUGACAAUUGGACUUAACCAUACUAAAGGGUAUAGGCUACCUGGUUGGGGUGUGCGUGAUUAUCGCAACCAGUGGCUAGAGACUUUAAACGUCAUGGUUAAAAAUCGUUUUCACUGGCGCAGAUGCGUCCAUUCUUUGUCUUCUCCUGAAUUUUCCACAGCUUUGUUUUUAUUUCACUAAUUUAUAUUUUCUUUCCGAAGUGUAUCUCCGAUGCCUAAUCUUUCCUAUUACUGAUACUGUGACUACCUCUACUAUUCCACGAUUUGACCUAACAAUAUCUCUCUGUGCUAAUGGGUUACGGUAACUCGAACCGAUGUAUGUACGUACAGGUUCUACGUUGUGACUGACUGAUGUCCCUCCAGAAUAUCAGUCUCUGCUUAGGCAUUUUAAUCGUGCAUUAGUUUCUUUUUACUAAAGCCAAACUUGUGUUCUUACAAUAAGUUUCAUAUAUUUUGAUAAAAAUCCGCCUGAUAUCGCUUAAGAUGUUCCCCGUCGGUCUGCAAACUGGGAUAACAUGUCGAUCUCACAAUGUUACGGUUUCUUGCUAAAAAGCCACCGAUAGUUAUCAACUGGAUUUAGGUAAAGAUGCACCCUGGAACCUGAUAAUAUUUUAACAUUUACAUCUACAGAAUUGU